CUUCGGAGUGAUGGGUCAAAUAGAUAAAAAAAUAAAGUUAAGGAAAAAUUGUAAACAAGAUAAUACUAUAAGGGUCAUUUGCAGAGGUUUUGGCGUUUUGCGUUUCCCAGGAAAUCUAACAGAACCCCACUUAUCUUGUUUCUCUAACCGGAUCGGUCACCUAAGAACCUCAAAAUCAUUCUUCGUUCGGUCGUUGUCUUGGGGUCCUCCGAAUCAAAACCCACAAAUAACACUCGAGGAAUCUGUGAACGACGACCCUAUUGAACCUAAAGUUGAAGACUUUGAACGGAUUUAGAAAGAAAAACACAAAAAGAUGCUGAAGAGCGAGGCAUCUCUCUCGAGUUACUGCGAUUCCGGAGAUGGGUUCAAAUCCGAAGAUCCGUUGACUGGAAUCGAGGAGAAUUUGGAGAGAACCGUUACGAUUGGUGAUUCUAUUGACGGCGGCGGGUUCAGUUUUGCGAAACACAAGGAAGAAGAUAGUAGUGAAGGUGAGAGAGGUGUUUUGGAUAGAGAUUAUGAAGAGGUUAUUAAGAAGCUAGGGAUUGGUAAGAGAGAUGAACAAGGUUUUGAGAUUGAAAGACCACCAAGUCCUCCUAUGCAUUUAGCUGCAGGGUUAGGUAUUGAUAAGUUUGAUUUGUAUGGUAAUGAGACGAAAUUCGACUUACCGGGUUUCGAUGAUGAGAAUUGUGGUGAUUACUACAAAGGAAUGCUCGAGGAGUAUCCAUUGCAUCCUUUGCUUCUCAAAAACUAUGCCAAGUUCUUGGAGUAUAAAGGAGAUCUUACUGGAGCAGAAGAGUAUUAUCAUAAGUGUACUGUAGUGGAGCCUUGUGAUGGAGUAGCUUUAGCAAACUAUGGUAGAUUAGUAAUGAAGCUUCACCAAGAUGAAGCUAAAGCCAUGAGCUACUUUGAACGUGCAGUUCAAGCUUCUCCUGAGGAUAGCAAUGUUCUUGGAGCAUAUGCUAGUUUCCUCUGGGAGAUAAACGUGGAUGAUGACGAUGAGGAUGAUGAUGAUGAUGAGUCUUCUGGGAAAGGAAAAGAAGAAUUUGAGCCUGAUGCAGUGGAGAAAAGCAACUCGAGCUUGUCCAAGACAGAAGAUGGAGAAACGCUAUGCAGAUACGCGAAAGCGUUCUGGAGUAUAAAUAAUGAUCACGAGAAGGCCUUGUUCUACUUUGAGAAGGCCGUUGAAGCCUCUCCAAAUGACAGCAUUAUCCUUGGAGAGUAUGCUCGGUUUUUAUGGGAAAUAGAAGAAUGAUCAUCAAGAAGAAAAAGAAGAUGUCUAUAGCUGAGGUAAACUAUAAGCUUCAGAAGCUCUUCAUGAAAAAAGCUCUUAUUGUAUUAGCUCUAAAGCUUCAUCCAUGUCCGUUAUGUGUUGUGAUAUUAUGACAGAAUACGUUUUUUUUUAUGUCUCUCGCAGAAUAAACCUUAAUUUUCCAACUAUGUAAUAUAUAUGCUUAAUGAUUCACUCGGACCCACGUUAUCUCA